GCCAGUCUAGCACUUUAGUUUAGUUUAGUGGCAGAUGUGAUGAAUAGAACACCUCCGUCGGACGGGUGUCGUGAAAAGUUCGUAUUUGUUUUUACUAUUUGGCCCGUUUGUCGGAAGUUUUCGCGAAUACUCGAGUGCGUACCAGAAAAAUAUUUGUCGAUGAAUCCGGAAUACUAAAUGGUCGUCGUCGGUCGCGAUGACCAUCGCCGCCGGAGGAAGAUUGAAAGUGGUGAUGUGACACUGUUUUGGACUGAGGAAUUAGGGGUGUGUGUAUGUGUGUAAGGGUACGGUUAUCUAUCGAUGACCAGUUGGGCGUAAAAUUGGAAAAAAAGUUAUUCGUAAACAAGAGAAGAAAGUUGCAUUCGAUUGCCAACCUCGGGCCUGGCUUAUAUUAGUUUUCGCGAGAGAGUUAUAGCAAAGUGACCGAAAUAAAGAACGAAAUCAGGGGGUUUAAAUUUGUGAUAAAUUAUGAUUAAUGUUUCGUUAAGCUCAGUGUUGAUGAAUUUCCACAAGAAUCACAACGUUAUGUGAGUGCUUUCGGGCUGUGGAAAACCUUACAAGAAAAAGUGAUCAUCUGUUUUAAACCAAGUUCAGAGUGUGACCUCCCUCGGCAGAAAAGAAAAGGAAGAAGACGAAGAAAAGAGGCGUCGUCUUUGUCGGCGAUCAUCUGAUAAGGCGUCGCUGCCAGUAUGUUCAACUUCAUGAAGAAGGGCGUGGGGGUGGGUGAUGACCGCGAUGAGAAGGAACGCCGGAAGCGGGAGAAAAAGAUGCGGAAGGAGGGCAAAGGGACCGGCGUGUCCGGGAGCAUGAGCACAGAGGAGUUGCUGCGUCUGGACGAGGUGCGAAGAUCGCUAAAGAUUCGCGGCCGUCGGAAAGAGAAGGAAAAGCUGCCCAGCGGAAUCACGGCCGAUUACAGUGCGUCUUUUUUCGCCCAGCUGGACGUGGACCGCGAGCAGGACCGGGGCAACGAAGAGGUGGUUGCUCUGGCCAACACCACCACCUACAUAGACAGUAACGGCGAAAUGGUCGAACGGGUCUCGUUUACAACCGCGAACGUGUCACAGUCGGACAGCUCGGAAACGUCUAUGAACUCCGUUACCGUGAACCAGACAAAAGUACUUCCACCGGUUCCGCCACGCCCCCCGAAACGUGGCAUUCUUAAAGGAUCCCGCCUGAACCUGAACGAGUCGGGUUCCGACGGAGGCGGUUCGAUGGACUCCAAGUCAGUAUUAAUGAGGAACACGCUGCAGAACGAACGCAUCACGUACUCCCAACAGUCGCGUCACUCCGCCGAAAACCUCAGAUUUGCUGGAGAGAUGAGCCCCAUCAACGCAAACCAUCUGCACGUGGCGACCUCUCCCUCGCCUAGCGCGGACAGCCUCACCGACACAACGAAUUCCUCCUUUGCCACACCGCCGUUCUCGAUGAGUCCGGUCGGAGAGUCCCAGGGCUCGUACCGAUGGUCCCGAGUGCAGGCCUUUGAAGACGUCAGCUUGCCGCUUCCGGCGAUCAAGUUGGUCGAGCUGCCGCCGCCUCGAGUGCUGGUCAUCAAGCGCCAGAAGGCACCCCGUAAUGACUUCGGGUUCAGCUUACGGAAGGCGAUGGUGCUGGACCGCUCGUCGUCGCUGCUCUUCCCAACAUUCCGGCCGGUAAUUUUCGCCGAACCAAGUGCCAACAGUAACUCGUCGACCGGGUUGCUCCCGGGCGAUCGUCUACUCAAGGUAAACGAUCUCUCGGUGGAGGAACUCAGCCGGGAGACCAUCAUCGAAAUUAUCCGGAACAGCGGCGACAGUGUUACGGUUGAGGUACAACCGGUGGCGGAGUUGGUGGAAUUGUCGCGGCGCUGCAUGAACGUUUUGAACGAAACGGACCAGACGGAUCGAGCUGCACCGAUGGAUGUUAUGGACUGCAACACGUUACGUCGCAGCGCUAGCAAGCGAUUCAAGGGCGAGAUCAAGUCCAAUUUUCAAUGCAACGAAGACCAGGAAAAUGGUCACGAGUCUGGCGAAAAGGUGUGGCUCAUCCACCGAGGAGGUUUUACGGCGGCCUCCAAAUUGCCCCAAAGUAUUAUUUCCGACCCGGGCAAAACGCUGGUUCAGCUCGAGCACAAUGGCGAAAAUUUGAGCGUGGACGACGACGACGUUGAAAAGGCGAACCCGGAAUCGCUCGAUCUGGUGGAGGACAUCUGCCAGCUGAGGCACCUGAACGAGGCAUCCGUACUGCACGUUCUGCGGCAACGCUACGCGAGCAAUCUGAUCCACACGCGGGCUGGUCCGGUACUCAUGGUGGUCAAUCCGAUGGCACCGCUUUCGCUCUACUCGGAGAAGGUCGUGUCAAUGUUCCGCGGAUGUAAAACGGAAGAUAUGCCACCGCAUGUCUUUUCGCUGGCCCAGACCGCGUACCGGACAAUGCUGGAAACGCGUCGCGACCAAAGUCUUGUUUUUAUGGGCCGUUCCGGAUCGGGCAAAACCACCAGCUUUAAGCACGCCCUGUACUACUUGGCCUUAGCAGCAGGAUCGGCUAACAAAAUACUGACGGCAGAGCGGGUGAGUGCCAUGAACACGAUCCUGGAGGCGUUUGGCAACGCAAAGACGUGUCUCAACACGAACGCGACACGGUUCACGCAGAUUUUAAGCCUGGACUUUGACCACUGUGGCCAGAUUGCGUCCGCGUCGAUACAGAUACUGCUGUUGGAAAAGUCCCGCGCGGGGAGACGCACCAGCAAUGACCAUCACACGUUUCACGUCUUUGGAAGGCUGUUGGCCGGGGCUGAAGGCCACCUACAGAAGGAACUCUACCUGGAUAAUAUAAACUUUGACGAAGGCAACCUGUUUGUCACACUUCCAUCAAAGUUGGAAGAGAAACAGAACGCUUCGCUAGAUUUUGCUCGCUUACAGCAAGCAUUCAGCGUACUUAACGUGGAUCCAUCGUCCGUCAAAGCACUUUGGUUUGUGCUGGCAGCGAUAUUCCACCUGGGCAGUGCAAAUUGUUCAAUUGUCGGAACAGGUUCUACUGCCCGGAUUCAGUUUGCCAAUCCAUCAGCAGCAAGGAAAGCUUCUAACCUGCUUGGCAUUUCGAUGGACGACCUAACGACGGCUGCAUUCUCGAAUGCAACUUCCAAGUCGAAUCCAGCUUCACCAACCAAAUCUGGCGCGUCGCCAACCUCGGAGCAGCAGGACUUGGCCGCAGCGGCUUUGGAUAGUUUGGAAGGAUUCGUGAUUGGUUUGUACUCUGAAGUUGUGGCAGCUGCCAUAGCCCUGGUCAACAAAGCCAUUAGCACUACCAGCAACACGAUAGCUUCAAUCCUUCUCAUUGAUACGCCUGGCUUCCAGAACCCGGCCAGUUGCGGACAGCAAACUGGAGCUUCCUUGUCGGAUCUGAGACACAACUAUCUGCAAGAACGAUUACAGCUGCUUUUCCAUCACGUAACGCUAGUCGCUCCACGAAAUCGAUACGCACAGGAAUUGGUUGAAAUAAACGCCGGUUUUAGCCACGAUUCUAAUCCAGGACCACUUGUUAACCUUCUCGAUAAAGCACCCCAAAGCCAUGUCGUGCGAACUUCCCAGAAUAAUCUACGCGAUCAAGACAAACGAGGUCUUCUUUGGAUGCUCGACGAAGAAACGAUGUAUCCAAAUUCUAAUGACGACACAUUUCUGGAACGUCUGUUUUCUUCCUACGGAGAUCGUGAAAGCCAAACCCUAGUUCGACGAGGAGCUGGAACCCGACAGUUUAUUCUUCAACACAUGCAAGGAACCAACCCCGUACUCUACAGCUCAUCCGGUUGGCUGAAGGGAAGCCACGAGCACCCGUCGACCAAGUGUGCAAUCAGCGUCCUCCAAGACAGUACCAAGACGGAGAUUAGCAGUCUCUUCACCACCGGAUUCGCCCGUAGCGGUGGAACCGUUUACUUUGGCUCGAUCGUGGGAACCGAAGGCACGCAAUCGCUUAGGCGCGUAUCCAGCAUACGGCGAUCCUUCACUUCUGCGGGCAUCAAGCGCAACUCGGUCAUGUUGCAGGUCAAGUUUACCGUUGACGGUAUCAUCGACACACUCAGACGUACCGGCACGCACUUUGUGCACUGUUACCUGUUGCUGCACAAUGCCGGUACGACGAACUAUAUGAACCUGAAUACCAAAGCAUUGCAAAACGACGACAUCGUGAAUGUUCCCCUGCUGAGAAGCCAGCUGCGAGGUUCGCAAAUCCUAGACUUUGCCCGCCUGCAUCGACUAGGCUUUCCGGUCAGUGUUCCGCUGUCGGAGUUUACGCGCCGUUUCGGGCUGCUUGCGGACGGAACGUUCGGCGAGAUUACCGUCGAGAACAUUCUGAACCACAACGAGAUUGAUCCGUCCGUGUACCGGAUUGGACCAAGUCAGGUUCUGUUCCGAUCGGGUGUGCUGAACCAGUUAGAGGCCAAACGCGAUGAGUUGCUGUCCGAUCGUAUCAUUCAACUGCAGUCGUACUGCCGUGGCCAUCUGGCUAGGAAACGGUUAGCGCAGCGGCGUGUUCAGGAACUCGCGGUCAAAUGCAUCCAACGUAACGUACGAGCCUUCAUGAAAGUCCGUGAAUGGCCCUGGUGGCGACUGUUAGUAAGGGUUACGCCUUUGUUGAACGUGCAUCGUACCGAGGAGCAGCUAAAGAUCGCGACCACUGAGUUACAGGUGCUGAAAUCCAAGCUGGAAAAAGUGGAAGGAGAACGCAACAGUCUCAAAACGGAAAACUCCAAGCUAGAAUCGAGAUUAUCCGAGAUGACUGCCGAAUUCGCGGAAGAACACUCGUCGUCCAACCUUAUCAGCGAGCGACUGGAAGCCGAGACGACGGAAAGACUGAGACUGGAGAAGGAGGUGAAGGAGCAUGAGACCAAGUACCGCAACCUGCAGGAAUCGUCGGAAAAGCUCGAGAUGGAGUUGCUCUGUGCCAAAUCCGAUUUGAACGGUGACCUGGACGAUGACCUUGAGGGGGACGAAGCCGGUGCCAACGCGUACCGGCUCAAGUACGAACGGGUCGCCCGCGAGUUGGAGUUCACCAAGAAGCGUCUCCAGACCCAGCACGAGCACGAUUUGGAGCAACUGAUUGCGCUGAAGAAGCAGCUGGAGAAGAAGCUGGCCGACGCCUACGAAGAGGUGGAAGAACAGCGCCAAGUCGUAGGUCAGUGGAAGCGAAAGGCCCAAAAGAUGACCAACGAAAUGAACGACCUGCGGAUGCUGCUGGAGGAGCAAAACAGUCGCAACAAUCUGCUCGAAAAGCGCCAGCGGAAGUUUGACUCCGAGUGCCAAGCGUUGCAGGAUUCCGCCCGACAGGAGAAACAAGCAAAAGAGCGACUCACACGCGAGAAAGACGUACUGAUUGCCGAGAAGUUUACGAUCGAGCAGACGUUAUCGGACGUGCGGCUCGAGCUUGAGCUGAAGGAGGAAAAGUACAGCGCCCUGCAACGCGAGCUGGAGGAAAUGACCUUUGGCGGUGGCACCGAGGAGGAGAUUGCCCAGUUGAAGCGCCAGAAGAUGGAACUGGACCGACGCUGCAAGGAGCAGGAGGAAGAGCUGGAUGAAAUGGCCGGUCAAAUUCAGUUGCUCGAGCAAGCGAAGUUACGCUUGGAGAUGUCGUUGGAAACCAUGCGUAAGGAUGCGAGGAAGGAAGCCCAGCAGCGAGAUGAUGAACUGGAGGAAGUGCGAGGCAGUUCGUACAAAAAGAUCAAAUCGCUCGAGUGCCAGCUGGAGCAAGAGCACGAGGAACGAACGUUGCUACUGAGGGAAAAGCAUGAUCUAGAGCGACGUCUCAACAACCUCGAGGACCAGGACCGAGUUGAGAGGGCAGCGGAAGAGGCCGCCUCCCAGAAGCUGAAACGCGAUCUCAGGAAGUACAAAGCGCUGCUCCGCGAUGCACAAAGUCAGCUAGAACGAGCCAAGUCCGACUCGGCUGGCAAGGCGCUGAUUCGUCAGCUCCGCAACCAGUUGGAAGACGCCGAAUCUGCACGAUCGGCUGCGGUGAAGGUACGCCAAGUGGCGGAAAGUGAACUGCAGGACGUGCAGCUGAUGCUGGAAGAAGCUCAACGGGCAAGGUUUGACUCGGAGGAACGUGCCACUGCAGCUCAGCGCGAUCGUGCUGAACUGCAGGCGCAGAUUGACGAGAACGAUGAAGAGAUGGCCGAGCUGAUGAAAAAGUACAGCGCCACCGUCAAACAGUUGAGCUCUGAACAAGCAAUGAUCACGGACUACGAACUGAAAAUUUCCGAACUCGAAUCGGAGAAGAAAUCACUUAAGGAGCAAAUCUCCGACCUCACGUCACGGUUGGAGAGUGUGGAAAACAUUGGCGAUUCCUCAACCAGCAUCCAGUUUAAGCGGCUGGAGCUACGAACCAAAGAGUUGGAAUCGCGGCUGGAGUUUGAGCAGGCAACGCGUGCCCGCAUGGAAAUUCAGCUGAAUCGCCAUAAAGAUUCCCUGGAAAAGGCCCAGAGUGAGAUUAGUCAAACGCGAACAAAGGAAAUGCACGCCCAAGAGGCACUCAAGAAGGCCCAGAAGACGAUUCGGGAGUUGCGCGAGGAGCUUCACCUGGUGGCGAACAAGGAGCAGGAAAGCCUCACCAAGCGCAAGGACCUCGAGAAGCGGCUGGAAUGCGUGGAAGCGGAAGCUGCCUCGGCCCGGGCCGACCUCCGGCUGGCGCUGCAGAGAAUUGCCGAUCUGCAGCAGGCGAUGGAGGAGGGCGAUUCGUACCACUCGGAUAGUGAAAACAGCGACAGCUCGAUCGACUCAGUCAGCGAGGUGAACUACCACAGUCCGACGAAGAUUUCGUCGCUCAGGGCGAGGUCGGGCGAAACGAACGGCACCGGUACGAACGGAAGCAGCACAACGCUGUGCAUCCGCGAGGAAAAAGAAAAUACGCCAAGGAUAAGGUACAAGUAUAAGCCGCGAGGUCUUCGCCGGAGACGUCUUCCGUUCACCAUCGCCGAGGAGGACGAAGCGGAAGACGGUGUGAGGCCGUGUGAGGAUCUGGGCAACGAUGACGCUUCCCAGUUGGAUAGUGUGAUUGAGUCGAUCAAGAGUGCGAUCGGAGACGAAGUGGAGGAGGAUGGGGCAGAUGACGGGGAGACGAAUAAGGUUCCUCCAGCGCCCAAAUAUACGGGAGCUAUCAAGAAGACGGUGAUUGGUAAAAGUCCAGUCUCGAUAAAAGACGAACUGGAGCUGAGUGAUGCGAACAACAAUGUGAUACCAAAAGGGCAGAAUAAAACGCUGGAAUCGACGAUCGUCGCGGAGAUUGCCAAAGCGUCGACGGUUGUGGCGGAUCACUUGAACGAUGAUUCUCGGUUCGAUUUGACUGCAUUAAAAUCGAUCAAAGAGAAGAUAAAAAGUCUGAACAACAGUCUUAAGGAGGAGGCAGCGCAGGAACGCUGCUGCAAGUAUGAAUUCCCGCCACCACCGCCGAUUGUGCUGUCGGCAUCUCAAUCAAAGUUAGAGUCCGCUAGAAUUCCGGACAAAGCGACUAACGAUAGUUUUAGUAAGCUUGACCAGAUCAGUGCCGAGCUUAACCUGGAAGGCAUUCGAUCCAUGAAGGAAAAGAUUAGGAAUCUGAAGAAACGACUUCAGGAUGAGUCCGGAUCAUCGGAGGAGCCAAUCAACAAGGCUCAGAUUGCCAGCGAAAUUGUUGAGAUGAAAAAGACUCUGACUUUGACAGCCGCAUUUAUUAACAAAAGCUCGGAGAAGCUAUCACUCAGCCGGUCGUCUUCGCAGAAGGAGGAAAAGGCGCCCACUUUGGCUCCGCCAACAACGAAUGGGCACUCCAAAGAGACGUCACCUGCCCUGUCGUCUGGCAGCCGAUCUCCAGUACGAAACAACUCGACACCUAUCGUGCCACGCUCGCUUGCUGUUGCUCAGGUAUCGAAUGGUGUUCCGCGCGGCGCCGCAUUCGAGGAAAGCCGGUUGGUGUCUUCGCUAGAACAAGGUUCGCCGCCGCCGCCACCACUACCGGAGGAGGAGGUGAAGACAGCGCCCAAAGAAGAAGACGCUGCAGCUGCUGUAAAUAACUCGCCGCCGUCUAGUGCUUGCAGCAGUCAACCUGUGGAUGUGUCUAAUCUAAUAGAACAAUCGCCUUUGCAGUGCGAAGCCGGCUCUUUACCUACAACUUCUGGAAGUUGUGAGGAGACUGAAUGUAAGGAAGAGAAGAUGAUCGUAGAAGGAUCGGAACAGGAUUUGCAGGAUGAACCGGAGGUCGUCGCGAAAGAAUUAUCUGAAUCUUUGUUUUGCUUACCGGAAGCUAACACUUCUAGCGAAGCACCUUUUGCUUUGAAAAUUACUCUCAAUUCAAUCAAUACCGCGAAAGCAGCUGAACUCGCAGAAGACCACACAAAUAAAUGUCUGGAAGAAAAUGCAGAUUCAACGAACACUGCCACAGCUACUGACUUGAAAAAAGAAGAAGAAGACUCCAAUAAAAAUCCUGAACUGAACAAGGAUUCAGCGAACAGCAGCAUGGUCGUACCAGAAGAUGUGAAGGUGGACGAUGAAAUCAAAAGCAUUGAAUUUGUGCCCCCGAAUACUUGCUUCAACAUUGAAUGCCGAACAUCGUCGACAGUUUGCAAGUGUGAAAAUAUCGAGCAAACCAUAGAAUUGCUUGUAAAGUCAAUGGAGGUUCAUCGAGAUGAAGGAAGUGUUGUUUCUGAAGUGACCAGUCACGAGGUUCUGCAAGAGAAAAUAGACGUUCCAAAUGUUACUUCUCAAGUUUUGAUCGUUCAACAAGAAGCAACUGAAGAAUCAAUAAUUCCUAAGGAAAUGGUUUCAACUGGGGAAUCUGACGAAAUAGUUGUUCCAAUCAAUCAACCAGCUGAUGUCGAACAGCAACUCCCUGUCACCUUAGUUGCUAGCAAUACGGAUGAACUGGUUGAAACUGUUCCUCCCAUCGUCGCAAAACAAACUGAAGAAGUGCUGUCCAUCGUAGACGAUUUAGAGAAACCUUUGCAGAUUGAAAAUUCCAAUGAAAUGAUCAACACUGAUGUACAAUUGAUUGAAAAUCUGACCGAAAUAAAGCCACCGGAAGAGGUAAAACAACAGCCAAUGCCAGAGGAAGUUAUCCCGCAUAUAGAUGAAAACAACAACCAAGAUAAACCAGCUCAACAAGUGCCACCACCAACAGCCAACAAAGAGACCAAAGCAACGUUAAAGCCCAGCAAAAGCAAACCCAACUGCCAUCAUGGUUCCCUCAAACGGAACGUUAAGCCCGAUAACAGCAAAAUCGGCUUCGGUUCAAAAUCCAACCCAAGCUCGCGCCGUUCGUCGUUGUCGUCGGAGCACGGAGCGAAACCAGCAAACACAAUCUUCACGGAUCUGGCCAAGGGUGGAAUCUGCCCGGCCGAAAAGAAGCAGGUAGUUGAAGUUGUUCCCCCACCAACCCUUUCGAAUGUUGUCCCCACUGAAGAAGACAUGUCCAAGAAUCAAGUAAGUGAGCGCGCUUUAGUAGAGUUUGACUGUACCAAUGAAAGUUCUUCUUGUUGUUCCGUUGUUGCGCCGUCGGCUGCAGUGUCUACUGAUGUAGUAGUAGUGGCACCAUCGAAGGGAAGCCCGUCGCCAAGGCCUCUCUCGUACGCGGAAAGUUUAAAGAAGGCACGAUCGCCGCCAAAGGUAGAACCGUGGGUGGCGAUCAAGCAAGAGUACGAUAAAAAGGCUGCGGCGGCCAAAGCCAGGAAACAGCAGCAGCAGCAACAGCCACGUGUGAGACACCCAAGUCUGGCUCGGAACGGAAGUUCCAGCUCGAUUCCGAGGGAUGGCAGCGUCACCAUCCGGCAGAGCAAAUCGGCGACGAAAGUUUACGCCAAGGACGCGAAUCUCUCAUUGUCGCUGCCCAGUGGAAAACCAAACGUGGAACCGACCACCACAGCUGCCAAGCCAGCAACACAGAAUCGUAGCAAAUCUGGUCAACGGAAUGGAACGGCGCAGCAGCUUGUCGCAAAGGAUACCAACAAGUCCAAUUCAAACUUGGUGCAGGAUAAGAAGCUGCGCGAAGCAAAGGGACAAUCUCAACAAAGCCAUCAGCAUCAUCGCCAAAGUCGACAAACGACGGCAAGCAACAGCAGCAGCAACAAGAAAAAGUGAAGUGUCUAGCGAUGCCGCUUCACUGCGCAACACUGGUUCAGCAAGAAUCACACUGACGACGUCGUCCUCGGGCUCGGUAACAUCGUCCCGGUCGCCCACGAAGGAACGCAGCGAAAGCCGGGCCAGCAGUCGGAUCACCAACGGAGACGACAGCAACGGAGAGUCUUCGUAUGCUUAAGUCGAC